CUUCGAGGCUUGGGAUCUUAUCGGCAGUGAAGAAUAUAUAUACAUUAUUAAUUUUGACAAAUAAUAAUGGAGAAUUAUGAAGAAUCAACGGCUCCCAUGAGCCCAAUGAGCCAAUACUUCAACACUUCAGAAAUGUGUGUAUCUGUUUUGGGUGUGAUUGAGCUUGAAACUCCAAUUUCUGCAUGGGAAGAAAUAUCCUCCAUUGCCAUUGAUGUUCUCAUCCCAUCCAACCCACGUUUCACUUCCGUCAUGGUGAAAGAAAGCUCGAACGGGGAGAGAAAAUGGAAGACAAUUAAGAUUAACCCAAAAGACCAUAUUUACAUACCAAAUUUCCCACCGGAGCUCUCACCAUAUGAAUAUGAUGCAUACUUUGAUGAAUAUGCCACACAAACAGCCACAAAGCCCUUUUCACAAAGCAUUCCUCUGUGGGAAAUUCAUGUUUUCAAUUACCCUACAAGCCAUGCAACAUGUAGUAUAAUUUUCAAGGUUCAUCAUUCUAUAGCCGAUGGCUUUUGUCUUAUGAACAUUCUUUUAAGUUGCCUAAAGAGAGCCGACGAUCCUUCUCUUCCUCUCACUUUCCCAUCUCGACAACGGUCAAAACAACCUGAAAAUGAACUCAAUUUCCGUCGUCGUAGCUAUUUCCCAGGUCAUCUUUUCUCUUCGGUUUCAAACUUUUUAUUGAAUUUUGGAUGGAGUAUCAUGAAGAACACUAUUGUUGAAGAUGAUCCUACACCCAUCAAACCAGAACGAGAUUCCAUGCAGCUUGUUAAGCCAAUUGCCAUAUCAACCAUCACCUUUCCUCUUGAUCAAAUCAAACAAAUCAAGGAUAAGCUUAAUGCGAGUGUUAAUGAUGUGGUCACCGGAAUCAUAUUCUUGGGAAUUCGAUUGUACAUGCAAGAACAUAACCCUGAAUCAAGUCAGGCCAAUUCAAGUGCAUUAAUUCUACUCAAUACUAGAAAGGCUAAGGCUUAUAAAUCAGUCAAAGAGAUGGUCAAAACAAACACCGAUGCACCAUGGGGAAAUAAAAUUGCCUUUUUGCCAGUGCCAAUACCAAAAUUAAUUGAUUCUACUACUCUUGCGUCAACCCCUUUGGAAUUUGUGAAGAAAGCCAAAGAAAAAAUUAUGUUGCAAAGAAGCCCCGUCUCUGUUUUUUUGGCUGCUAAGUUUUUUGAAAUGGUCAAGAAUGUGACAGGCCCUGAGGUUGGAGCAAAGUUGUUCAAAAGGAAGCUAAAGAAUUCAAGCAUUAUGAUAUCAAAUAUGAUUGGACCUGUGGAGAAAAUAUCUUUGGUCAAUCAUCCAGUUAAAGGCAUAUACUUUACCGUCCCUGGCAUGCCACAGAAAGCGAAGAAGACUAAACCACCACUUGAGGAACCACCAAUGUUGGAACUUUUGUCAAGAAAUUGGCCAAAGCUUUUGUCUCGACCCGCCAUAUCUUCAUCCUUUCAAGCUUCUCGUUGAGGAUUUUUGAGUGGAAGCUCAGUCUUCUUCUUUCAAAAGUGAGAGAGCACCAUCAACUUCCAUUGCAACAACUUUAAAGCAGCCACCAUCAAAGGCAAAGGGAACCAGACAUUGCAACCAACGGCUUGGCAUCUUCUUUUCUGAACCUUACUCUAUUU